ACGCCGCCCAGCUCGUCUACCGCAGCCGUCAACAGCGCUGGGCAGGGGCCCCAGUACGCGUCGCCGUGUGCGGAGAAGGCCGCGCUCGCGGCAGGGUCUUCGGCUGGAGCCUUAGCCCACGGCCACUCAGGCUCAGGCAGCAUGUGCUCUCCGAAUCCGUGCGGGGCGUACGCCGACUGUGCUCCGGGCACCGACAAGACCGGCAAGCCGCGACCCGUCUGCACGUGCCCGCGCGGCUACCUGGGCGACCCGCUGACGGCCUGCCAGCGCGGCGAGUGUGAGGAUCAUUCCAACUGCCCAGCAAACCAGGCGUGCUACAAACUACAUCUGCACCAACCCCUGCCUGAGUGCCAGCGGCGGGAACGUGUGCGCAUCAACGCCCUCUGCCGGGCCCAGGCGCACAAGGGCGUGUGCUACUGCCCGCCCGAGUACUCUGGCGACCCGCUCACCGAGUGCCGCCUGAAGCCUGUGGCCAGGGGGACAACGGAGCCGUACUCAUCGGAGCCCAUCGAGUCGCGCAUCGUGCGCAAGGUGCUCGAUAACGGCACGAUCGUCGACGGCGCCACCGAGACCUCCGACACCUCCAGGCUGUUCCCUGGGGGAGCGGUCGACAGGAGCGGCGAGGCUAGUCUGUUCCCGGUCGGCCUGCCGGCCGCCGAGCCAGAUGUCACGACCAAUCCCACUGGCCGUGAUCGCGAGGCCACGUCAACUGCCUCGAGUCGGGACGAGGAGCCGGCUUCAACUGUGCCUAUCUUCGACAACGAGGUCACAUCCACCGCUCGCAGCAGCACGGAAGACGCUCUCUUCUCCAUCUCUUCCAACGACUUGCCGGUCACGACGGUUUCCAGUACAGAGGAGGAGUCGAUUCCGGCGUCGGUCGCCGAGCCGGCUGAGGUGAUCGCCGUCGCGGAAGAGCGUCUGCCGCCGCGCACGCGCUUCCCGCCGCGCGGACCCGCGGUCGCGCAGGCGGAGCCGCAGUUCGACGAGACCACUACGGAGUUCAACACGCCGGUGACGACCGAGUUCAACACGCCGGUGACGACCGAGUUCGCCGACGAGUUCGCUACGGACAUCGCCUUGGGAGAACUGGGCCAAGAUGCGCCGUUUGAGGACGAGGCGACCACCACGACGGAGGCUACGGCUCAGACGGAGCGGGACCAGUUCCUCUUCCUCGGAGAGGAACAACGGACCGGGUCUGCGUCCGGGUUGGAGACAGACUUGUUUGACGCCACGACGUUAACGCCGGAGCCCACAACAGAGGCCGGCUUCUUCGAGGCGUUCACGCGGGCCGAACAGGCCCAGAAGCCGGAGGUUGUGGAGGAGGAAGUCGCCGAGGAGCAGGUCUCGGAGGACGCUGCCGCGCCGGAACCGGCGGAGGAGGAGGAGGUCGCGGCUCCCGCGCGUCGGCCGCGCAUCAGGCCCGGAGAUCGCGUCCGCGCCGUCCACGGCCCGGCGGACGGCCCUCUCGGGCGACGCGGGCGACCCACGGCCGAGCCGGAGCCCGCGGCUGAGGCGCAGAACGAGAUCGAGGACGAGGUGCCGCAGGCGCAGCCGGAGCGCGCGCCUGAGGAGGCAGCGCCGGUCGAGGUCGAGGUCGAGGAGGCUCCCGCCCCUGCACCGAAGCGCGGACGGCCUGGUCGCCUGGGGCCUGGGCGCAGGGGACGUCGUCCGGGCGGCCUCCGCGGUCGAGGCGGCCGUAGGCGCCGGCCGGGAGCCGCUGCUGAAGAACCGGUCGAGGAAGAGGUCAAGGCGGAAACCGAGAUCGAGCCUGCGGCCGAGGCCACCGUCCUGGACGUCCCGCAGGAGGUUCCCCAGGAGGAGAUCGUCACCGAAGCGACGGUGGUGCCGACCAGGCGCGGCCGUCCCGGGCGCCUCGGGCGUCCUGCGCGCCCGGGGCUGCGGCCGCGAGGUCGACCCGGGCUGAGGAGACCUGGCCGUCUGCCGCUGCCCUUGGCCAGGCAGCCGGCCGCGGAGGAGCCCGAGGCCGAGACGCCCGCCGAGGAGGUCGCCGAGGAGGCCGCUGAGGAGGUGCAGCAGGCUCUCGAGGAGGCCGUCCCUGAGGAGCCCUCGUCUGUGGUGGAAGAGGAAGAGCAAAACGAAGUGGAAGAGCCCGUGAGGGGACGGGGUCGCCGUUUCCGAGGCCGAGGCGCGCUGGGCCGCCGUGGGAACAGAGCCCCACCCCGCGCGUCCUCAGCAGGGCGGAGGUCUCGAAAGAGGACCCAGGCAACGACAGCGGCGCCCGAGGUGCGCGAGGAAGAAACCGAGGAGUCCAACGCCGUGGAGGAUGAGCCGGCGCCGUCGAGGAGACGCGGUCGCGGCGGCUUCCGGCCCCGCUUCUCGCGCGGUCAGGCUGACCCCGUCGUAGGCAGCAACGCUAUCACCGGCCGCGGGCGUCGGCCGUCCCGACGUCGCGGUGGCUCGCGCAGGGGACAGGCCGCUGCACCGGAGGUUGUCGAGGUCACCACAACCACCACCACCACUCCAAUCCCCGAGGUCAGCACUGAGGCAGACAUCGAAGUUGCGGAAGAGCAGGUCAUCACGGACGCGGCGAUUGAGGACAUUGGCUCGCUCGAGAACGCAAUCCCCGAGGAGAGCGGUACAGAGGGCAGCGCAGACUUCGCUUCAUUCACGGAGGGGAUUUUCGAGGGUGACGCAACGACAGCUGCUGGACUCGAGCAGGACGCUGAGGUCACCGAGACUGACGCGACCGUGAGCGCCGAGACGCCGGCCGAAGAACCAACCACCAUCGAGGCGAUCGCAGACGAGAGGAUUACCACAGAGUUCAUUCCUGAAGAGCCGACGACUCCUGAGCCUUCCAUUCGUGGGAGACUGAGGGGAGGGAGGCGCGGUCGCAGACUGGGACGACCCGGUCGCAGGCGCAUUUCCCCCAAUGCCGUCCAAGCACCCGUGGCUGAGGUGGCUGAUGAAACGGAAAGUUCACCGGUUCGGCCAAUCAGGACGAGAGGUCGUCCCUCUCUGCGUGGUCGACCCACUCGGCCUGAGCCCCAAGAGGCUGAAGAAGUCGCCGUCGACGAAGCUCCUGUCGGAAGACCUAGGGGCAGAGGGCGUCCCCUUCUGCCAGCCCGCAUUGUUGCUACCGAGGCCGAGGAAAUAGCCGAGGAGGAAUCACCAGUUGAGCGUCCGAGGUCCAGGGGCGCCUCCACCAUUCGCCGCCGGAUAAAUGUCCGUAGGCCAGCAGUCGCUGGGGAAGAGACCAGCAGGGUGAGCCGGCCCCGCGGCCGGGGCCGUCGUCCGCUGCGACCAGCUGCGAUCGAAACCCCCGAGGUCAUCAGCGAGCCCGAGGUUGCCGACGAACCCGAGGUCACCACUGAAGACGAGGCCCCCGAGGAGACGCCGAGGGUCAGAAGCCGACCUUUGCUGCCCUCGCGCCGGGCAUCUCCAGAGCCCGAGAGCGCCACUGAACAACAGGAGCAACAGGAGGCCCCAGUGGGUCGGCCGCGCGGCAGAGAACGACGGCCAUUCCUGGGCCUGCGACCUGGGGCCAGGAGGCGUGGAUUUCUCGGCCUCGCCUCACCGGGGCGGACGCAGCCACCCGCAGUAGAGGAACCGGCGGACGAGCCGGAGGAGGAGCAGCCCGUGGAGGAGCAGCCCGUGGAGGAGCAGCCCGUGGAGGAUACCAAGAGUGCCGAUGAGGCCCGGCCGUCACUGACGGGGCCAGGCUCCCGCCAGCUGCGGUUCCGCACGCGAGGCGAGGCAUCGCUGCCCAACAGGAGUUUGCCGCCAGUGAUCGGCGGCCGCAGCGUCCUGAGUCGGCCCGGCGGCGGGCGCCGCCGGCGCCCGCUCUUCGCCCGCCCGCCGGCCGCGGAGGUGCCCGUCGAAGAGGAGCUCGAGCUGACCCCGCAGACGGAGAUCCGGCAGCUGACCGCGGAGAGCGAGCCGACGCCGGAGCUGCCCGCCGAACAGGAACGCCCCGAGGCACCGGUGGAGAACGAGCCCGCCCUCGAGGAGCCGGGCGCGGAGGAGAGCCCGGCGCCGGCCGACGAGGCCACUACCCUGCCGCCCUUGUUCCGGCGCCCGUUCAGCGGUGGUCGGCAGCGGGGCACUGGGCGGCGCGGCUUCGUGCCGGGCACGCGGCGCCGCGGCAGCCGGCCGGGCGGCGAGCGGCGCAUCACCUCACUGCUCGCGCGCUCCGACUCGCCAGUGCAGGCCAUCCUGCUGCCUACGGUGCCGCCGCCGGCCUCCACCGAACCAGUCCCGACCGAGGAGGUCCCCGCGGAGGAGGUUCCUGUGGAGGAGACCGUGGCUUUUGAAGAUGCGGCCGCUGUCGAAGGAGGCGCCGCCGAAGAGAGCGCUGUCACCGAAGAGGAGCAGGAGCUGCUGUUGGUAGUCGAGGACGAGCAGCAGGGAGAGUCUCCGGUGGUGGUGGAGGCGGCGCCGGCGGCGGAGGAGCCGGCGGCGGAGGAGCCGGCGGCGGAGGAGCCCGCGCCGCGACCGCGGUCGAGGGCCUUCCGCCCCAGCCGGGCCGGUCGCAUCGGCCGGCCGUCGCUCUUCGAGAAGCUGCAGGGCCGGCCCGCCCGGCCGUAAGCGCGUGACCCCAGACGAGGUCGCGGCAGAGCGACCCCACCGGAGCCGCUGACGGCGCCCCGGGGGUGGGAGGGGAGGGGGGCUGCUCGCGGCGGCCGCGAGACGUCAGGCACAGCGGUAUCGACCGCACGCCCGCUGGAGUGUCAGCCCGGUCCGAGGACAGGAUGGAGGAGAGUCGAGGCGAGCGGCGAGUGGUCGGGUGACAAAUCAAAGAUGGCCGCCGCCCACGGCGGCCCCGGCACGGCGUCGGGGCGCCAUCGUGUUCAUCCCCGAAACAUCAUCCGUGUAUGUUUACGUGCGUGGGUGCGUGUGUUGAGCGUCGUCCCCUAGCGCUAGAGGCGCGUGGCUGUAACUGUACGUUCGGCGUGAGCUCGAGCUGCAGAGUGAGACUGUCCGAUGACCCGCGCUUCCAGCGCCGGCUGUCAGGCGUGCAACAUAGUUCCAAGCAGUACUGAAGUGAGCGUGGCAGCGACAUCUUGUGUAAUUCAGUGCCAUUUUGACAUGAUCAUUGACGUGUGAGCGAGAUCGGUGCAUCUGAGAGGCAUGGUAUUCGAUGACAAUACAUAAAUGUCGCACAAAA